AAGCACCGUCGCGCAGCUCGGUUCCAUCGUCGCCGGGCUCGCCUCCUUUUUCUGUCGAGCAGAUCUGUUCUAUCGUCGCCGGCGCUAUCUCUGUUCCACCUGUCAUCCCUUCGGUCGUGCCCUUGUCCCCCUCUUGCUCAGGAUCUGCUCUGCUCUGUUCUAGGGCUUCUAGCUUCUAGAGACUGGUUUCACCGUACCAUUCAUUCCACCAUUAGAAUUGAUGGUUCUGGCUUCAUUCUUGUCCAUGUUAAUGAUCUUGAGCUCCAUAAAGAACUCUUUGCUUGCCAAAACAGCACUCUCAGCAAUGGAGAUGGUUAUACCUUGAUGAAUGAGAAUGGAUCCAUGUAUAGAACUCAAAGUGCUAAAAGUAGUGAUGUGUGUUGUGAGAGAGUGUUUGGGCAGGAUCAGUUGGCAAUGCUGGGUGAAGAGCACCCAACUGGAGUUCUUGUUAGAAGGUUAGAUUUUUGGCUUAACUAUGUUGCAUACUUCUGUGGAGGUACAAUUGGUCUUGUCUACAGCAACAAUCUUGGACAGAUAGCACAAUCUUUAUACAUGAGCUCAAGUACUUCAACACUUGUUACACUAUACUCAUCUUUCUCCUUUUUUGGCCGUUUGCUUUCAGCAGCACCAGACUAUAUUAGAAAUAAGUUCUACUCUGCAAGGACUGGAUGGCUAACCAUUGCGCUUAUGCCAACCCCAAUUGCGUUCAUCUUGCUUGCUUCACCAGAAAGUGCUGUAGCACUUCAUGCAGGCACUGCAAUAAUUGGCUUAAGCUCUGGAUUCAUAUUUGCAGCCGCGGUGUCAGUUACAUCAGAACUCUUUGGACCUAACAGUGUGAGCGUUAAUCACAACAUCCUCGUAACAAACAUCCCAAUUGGGUCACUUCUCUAUGGUUUUCUUGCUGCUCUGGUGUAUGAUUCUAAUGCUUACUCAAUACCAGGGAACUCAUUGUCUGAAACAUUGGUAUGCAUGGGAAGGAAAUGCUAUUUCUGGACAUUUGUAUCGUGGGGAUGCUUAUCUGUUGUGGGACUAGUUUCUAGUCUGCUCUUGUUCUUGAGAACCAAACAUGCUUAUGAUCAUUUUGAGAGACACCGAAUUUCAACACAAACACCAAUUGUUUCUUAACUCUUAGCAUUGUAUUGAAAUGAUCACCAUAGGAUUGUAUAUAGCAAUCAUAGCAGAAACUUGACAUAUCUUAUAUAGGCUAUGAUAUGAGAUAUUUAGAUCUAUAUACAAAGCCAGAUGAUAAGUAGAAACCAAAUUUGUAAUUUUUUAGGGCCUAUUGUUUCUUGGUAAGAGCAAAAAGACAAGCUUCAUUGAUUUUAUGACUUUAACCAAGACCUUUUGGCUUUUACUAUUUCAAGUCCUUUUGCU